AUGUGGCCGGCCGGGCUCCGGGCGGGGCCAGGUGCGCAGGGAUUGCCUCGGUCACUCUUCCCCCGGAGAAACCCGGCCUCACCCCGGGCUCAGCGACAGAGGGGAGACCGCUUCCCAGUGGCCUGCAGCGUGGGCAGGGACACUGCCAUCGCUGACCAUAGCUGGACACUGUUCCGUGCGCUAGCACGAAAAGUGUACCCGCCAAGAGCAGCAGCGCAAGGGGGUCAGCCCUCGCACCCGCCCUGCUCGAGCUCCGCCGCUCACGAUUUCCCCCGAAAUGGCUGGCACGGAGGGCUGUGUGCGGAGGGACGGUGCCCAGGCGCCACAGCGAGGACCCGCCGGUGCCGUGGGCGGGCGGGGCAGCGGCACCGGCACCCCCGGUCCCUUCCCGGCAGCGUGAGGGGAGAGGGGCGGGGGGCGGGCGACGCCCCUCGGCAGAAGGUCCGCGGGUGCUCGGAGCCACUGCGGCCGUGGGUGGGCGUCCCCCGUCCCCCCUCGGGAGGUUGUGCCGCUCGGAGCCGGCGUGAAGCAGGAUCGCGGUGGGGAGGAAACCCGAGUUUGCGGCGCCGCUGCCGCCGGUGCGCGGGGGCAAGAGCGAGAGCGAGCGAGCGGAGGCACCUCCGGCACACCGGCUCCGCCGGGCCGCCCCUCCGCAGCCCUGGUGCCCACCCACCCGGCCCGAUCGCUGCCGGCGGGGUCGGGCCGGGCGAGGUGGGAGCGGCGGGGGCGGGCGGCAGCCGCGGGGGUCGUCGCCAUGACGAGCGGGCGUGCCGCCGCCUCCCGCCGCUGAGCGGGGCGGCCGCUGUCCCUUCAGCACCGCGCGGCCGGCGGGGCCGCCCUGCCCUGCCCUGCCCUGCCCUGCCCUGCCCUGCCCUGCCCGGCACCGGCACCGGCACCCCUCCGGCACGGGCACCCUCCGGCACGGGCACCCUCCGGGCAGCGAGGCGAGCCCGGCGGCCCCCGCGGGCGGCGGCGAUGGCGGGCGGGGGCCGGGGGCAGCGGGGCGCGCCGGCGGGGGGCCGCGGCCGCUGA